AUGACAGCAGCGGAGCGCAAGCGUGAGUUCGAGUUGAGAGAGGAAUGUAGGGAUCGUAACAAGCAGCUGAAGGGCCGUGUUGGGUGGUGUACCGUGGUGAGAUUAGGCGAGUUGACGAACUCCCAAAAACGCGGGGGUCGGGAAAGGCCUAAAUUGUCACGGUCCACUCCUAGGUAUGCGAUGUUUUCUUUUCAAUUCAAGAAGCUUGAGUAA